AUGCUGUUGCAUUUGCUGACCCUAGCCUCUGGAGCAGCCUUUGCUGCAGCCGAAGUUCUCAGUCUCUCGCAGCUCAACUGGACACUGCAAAACGUGGAGGGCCAGAUCAAAGUCUCUGCCCAGCAACCAUCCCAGGUCCACUUGGAUCUGACAAAGGCGAACGUCAUCACCGAACCGCUGCUGGGCAUUAACGAUUUCUCUGAGAGGUGGAUUGUCACCGACAGCUGGGUCUAUCAAGCAGACCUCAGUUUGAUCAUAGCUCAGCGUUCGCAGGACAACAGCAGCAGCAAGAAUCUUCUGGUGUUUUAUGGGCUUGAUACUAUUGCCAACAUUACUGUCGCCGGUCAUCCUCUCGCAUGGGUCAAUAAUCAGUUUCAGCAGUAUGUCUACGACGUUACGGACUACUUAGCGUCGCCUGCGGAUAACGACACGACCCUGACCAUCGCGUUUGAGUCCCCCAUCACGUACGGGCAGAACGUCAGCGCCCGUGCGGACUUUGAAUGGACAGGCGUGCGCCAAUUCAUACGCAAGAUCGGAUCCGACUUCGGAUGGGACUGGGCUCCGGGUUUCGCACCGUCAGGUGUCUUCAAGCCCGCUUACCUGGUCACGUUGUCGGACGCUGCGGACGGCACUGCAGCAGACAACAAUCCUGUCUCGCAUCCCCUCCUCGUCUCUCAAUCCAACGGUCUAUUCAUCGAAGAGUCCACCCUCGAGAUCACGAAGGUCGGACAGAACCCGAAUGUGCGCCCCGACGAGUCCGCGGACUGGCUCGUCAAUGUCACGCUCGCAAUCCGUUCCAUCCGUGCUGAUCCCAACCCUACCAUCAUCGUGUCCAUCCCCGAGUUGAACGUCAACUCGGGUCCGCUCAAGCUCUCCGCGAUCCCUGCUGCGACCGACACAUCUACCUUCGUUAGUGCUGCGUUCACCGUUCCGGAGGGCCUGCCGCAGCGCUGGUACCCCCACACCGUCGGCACGCCGAAGCUGUACAACAUCACUAUGAUGUUGAACGUGGCUGGGCUGCCCGCGGCGUCGUAUACUACUCGAUCCGGCUUCCGGACGACAUUCCUCGUCCAGACACCGUACUCGCAGGAAGACGUCGAGCAACGCGGCAUAACGCCUGGCGACCAGUGGCACUUCGAGGUCAACGGCAAGACGAUAUACUCGAAAGGUUCAAACCUCACUCCGCUCGAUGUAUUCUACCCUCGUAUCACUACGGAUAAAGUCCGCUGGAUUUUAGAGAGCGUGGUCAAGGGUGGGCAAAACAUGCUGCGCGCUUGGGGCGGAGGAAUCUACCAGCCUUCGGAUGAGCUCACCGGUGGAUACGACUUCUACUCCCUCUGCGAUGAGCUCGGCAUCCUCGUCUGGUCCGAACUCGGCUUCUCCGACUCGACCUACCCCGUGAACGACUUCUUCCUGGACUCGGUCGAGCGCGAAGUACGGCAGAAUGUUCGGCGAAUCAAGAAGCACCCUAGCAACGUGCAGUGGGCAGGCAGUAACGAAAUCGAGGUCAUAAUCAGGCUGCUGAACAGCAGCACCGUCCCUGUUGACCUGGGCUCAUUCUUGCACAUCUUCCAAAAUUUCCUACACGAUAUUGUCUUGGAGGAGCAGUCAUCGGUUCCGUAUACCGCCUGUUCGACGACAAACGGUGUCCUGAGCCUGGAACCAUACAUUCUGCGGCUGGACAACGUGGUCCCAGGCAAUAUUUACGGAAAUACCGAGCUUUACAACUAUGACCCCUCUCAAGCAUUCAACUACAGCACAUACCCGGUGGCUAGGUUUGUGAACGAGUUCGGCUUCCCCUCUAUGCCUUCCUUCUACAGCUGGGAGGAGGUCCUCGAGUCUCCUGACGACUUCUCGUUCAACUCUACCGUCGUGAUGUCGCGCGACCACCACCCUCCUGCGACCAGUCUCACCUUCCCAAACCCGCGAGCACCCGAGGGCCAGAAGGAGAUGACUGUCGCCGUCGAACUUUGGCUACCCACCCCUGGGACGUCCGACUCGAACCAGACGUUCGCGCAGUGGUGCUGGAGCACGCAAGUGUUCCAGACGCUCUACAUGCAGUCCGAGAUCGCGUUCUACCGCCGCGGCUCCGGGCGCGGCGAGAACAACCUCGGCGCGACCGUCUGGCAGCUGAACGACAUCUGGCAGGGGGUGAGCUGGUCCGCGAUCGAGUACUCCGGCCGCUGGAAGGUGCUGCAGUACGGGUUGGAGAACAUCUACACGCCGGUGAUCGUGUACCCGUUCUGGGUGCCCGAGACGGAGAGCCUGGAGGUUUCGGUGACGUCCGAUCUGUGGGAGACUGUGGAUGGUACCGUGCAAUUUACGUGGUACGACUGGCUCGGCAAUUCGCUCCACACGUCGUCGCACGCCUUCGCGGUCCCCAGCCUGAACAGCACAGUGGUGUACACGGCUCAAGGCCUCGACAACAUCCUGCCCUCUGGAUCCAAGGCCGAGGACGUGUGGAUGCUCCUUAGCUUGACUGCGCGGGUUAACGGCGAGACCGUAACGCACGAGCAGCACUUCGUGCCGACGUCGCUGGCCAAUGCGAACCUCGUUGACCCCCAGAUCAAGGUCACCUCCAGUGAUGAUCUCACGUUCAUGCUUUCUGCGCAUGGCGGCGUUGCGCCCUUCACUUGGUUGGACCACCCGUCGGGCACCGUGGGCUACUUCGAAGAUACGACGUCCAACAAGCCUCUGAACGGCUUCUACCUCGUUCCGGGCUCAGACCGCACCGGUGAGUCUGAAUGUCUCUGGUACAGUGUAGUUUACAGCGAUCGCUCAUACCCCUUCGCAGUGCGCUUCGUGCAGUCCGCAGCGUUGUCGACUGUCGCGCACCCGUCCCCGUCGGACUUCGUCGUCCGGUCGCUCUGGAACAACACGCAUCUGUAG